CAGAGCAGUAGAGCUCUCAGCUAGACAUGGCGGCGGAUCCUAAGCCGGACUGGCUCUCCUGCCUUCCCUCUUCUUGGAGUUAUGGUGUGACUCGGGAUGGACGCAUAUUCUUCAUCAACGAAGAAGCAAAGAGUACAACCUGGUUGCAUCCUGUUACUGGAGAAGCUGUAAUCACGGGGCACAGAAAAACUCCAGAUUUACCAACAGGAUGGGAGGAAGGAUACACGUUCGAGGGAGCUCGCUGCUUCAUCAAUCACAAUGAGCGAAAGGUGACCUGUAAGCACCCGGUGUCAGGCGUCCCCUCCCAAGACAACUGCAUCUUUGUCGUAAAUGAACAUGUGAAUUGUGGACAACUUGUCCACCCUGACAAGCCCCUAGAGGCUCUCCCAAGGCCCGCCCCGAAGACUUCAUCAGAGCAGGGAAGCAGCAGUGACAAGAAAGAGCGUCCCAUGAGCACCAUGAGUGAGGCAUCAAACUACACAGGUGGCUCCGACUACAGCACUUUCCCCGGCAGCCCCUGCACCACCGUCACCACCGGCACCACCACCACCUGCACUUCAUCCACACGGCCAUCUAGGUCUUCCAAAAAAGUUCACAACUUCGGCAAGAGGUCCAAUUCCAUCAAGAGGAACCCCAAUGCCCCGGUGGUCAAGAGCAACUGGCUUUAUAAACAGGACAGCACGGGCAUGAAGCUAUGGAAGAAGAGGUGGUUCGUUCUGUCGGACAUGUGCCUCUUCUACUACCGCGAUGAGAAAGAGGACAGCAUCCUGGGAAGCAUCCUGCUACCCAGCUUUCACAUCUCCAUGCUGUCGGUGGACGAUCACAUCAGCAGGAAAUACGCCUUCAAGGCCACUCACCCCAACAUGAGGACGUACUAUUUCUGCAGCGAAACAGCCAAAGAGAUGGAGUGCUGGAUGAAGGUGAUGACGGACGCUGCCCUCGUCCACAGUGAACCAGUCAGAAGAUUGGACAAGUUGAAAGUGGACCAGCGGGCGUCUCAGGAGCUGAACAACUUACUGAACCACAGAGUCCUCACCCGCCCCGAGAUCCAGAACAACGAACGCAACCGCGAGCCUCUGCGACAACAUUCGCUAUCCAGGCUGGACGAUAAACGGCAAAAAGAGGUAGAGAAACACAACUGCCAGAGGGAGCGGGAGUAUUACACCUUACAGAGAGAUGGGGAGAGGUACUCGUUGAAGAAAGACGGGGUGAGCUACAUGCUUCAGAAGGAUGGAGAGAAGUAUCUCCUCCACAAGGAUGGAGAGAAGUACCUGCUGCGAAAGGACGGAGACAAAUACUCCCUGCAUAAGGACGGAGAGUUGUACGCCAUUCACAGAGAUCUGGAGAAGUACGCUGUUCAGAAGGCGGACGAGAAGUACACGGUGACGCAGACGGAGGAGAAAUACGCUCCUAAUAAAGACGCGGAUAAGUACUUGCUCACGAAGGAUGGAGAAAAAUAUGCACUGCAGAAAGUAGGAGACCGGCACAUGCUCCAGAAAGAAGGACAGAAAUACUUCCCCCACAAGGAAGUGAAGAGACAGCUGUCAUUGAAGGAGACUGAGAGUAAAUACGGUACCAUACAAGUUGUGGACAAAUACGGCACUCUGAAGGAGGUGAGGAAGUACAGUACGCUCAGAGAAGGAGAUAAGUACGCCACUCUGAGAGAUUCGGAGAAGUACGCUACGCUCCGUGAGGGGGAUAGAUACGGCUUCCAAAGAGACCCCAGCUCAGAGAGGUCUUUGACGAAAAUCAGCAGCAUCAAACUGCAGCCGGCUCAGGCCGCCGCCAUCGCAGCCGCCGUGUCCGCUUCUCGACAGGGACAGGCCAACCUCACCCUGCCGAAACCCGCCCAGGUCAACGGCUCAGGGUCAGUGGCGGGGGAGCAGACGGGAGAAAGCAGCCCAGCGGAGGUAGACGGCAGCCUGGCCAGAGGUCCCGCAAAGACCCCGACUCCAGUCCAAGAACCAGAGAAGGGUCUGUCCAGGACCAACUCCAUGCAGCAGCUGGAGCACUGGGUCCGCACACAGAGGACGAGAGGACUGGACGAUGACACGAGGAGUGUCACGUCCUACCAGACCUUACCCAGGAACAUGCCGAGCCACCGUCCCCAGAUUGUUCCCCGCUACCCAGAGGGCUACCGAACGCUACCGCGCAACAGCAUGGUGAGACCCGACAGCAUCAGUAGUGUGGCAGGCUCUGUGUACGACCGGGCCCUCCGUCCCGCCUCCACCACCACCGUCACCACAGCGGAUAAGAGGAGGUCGAUGAGGGACGACACCAUGUGGCAGCUGUAUGAGUGGCAACAGAGGCAGGCCUUCUCCAGGCAAAGUCUGGCUCCGCCAACAGCUGCGGGUCAUUAUGGCACCCUACCCAGCACAAAGACCAUGGGCAACAUCUCAGAACACGCUGUGGCGCACUCCAUCCCCACCUCACCGUCUCACGGCUCUCUGGCUCUCUACAGCACCUUCUCCCCUCCCCGCCAGCAGGCUGCUCACAACCCCAGCACCCCCCAAUCCGAGGUGUCAUCACCCGUCUUCAGGGGGGACGUGACGCUCGACCGCCGGCACAGGACACACCUCGCCAAGUACGGCUACCCGCCUGACCGCCGAUCCAUCGCAGCCGGCGUCCCCCCUCAGACCAUCACCCCACAGUCGCUGCAAGGCAAGACGAUAAGCCCAGACGACAGAGACUACAAAGACAGCUCCUUCGUCCAGCGCACAGAGGAGGCUGACAUAGAUACCAAACUGAGCAGACUGUGUGAGCAGGACAAGACAGUGAGGAUGCAGGAGGAGAAAUUGCAGCAACUUCACAGAGAGAAGCACACUUUGGAGACGGCCCUGCUGUCCGCCAGUCAGGAGCUGAGCGAACAGAGCGCCUCCAACCCCGCGGCCGUGCAGAGCCUCGUCCAGCAGAGAGACGUGCUGCAGAACGGCCUGCUCAGCACCUGCAGAGAGCUGUCCAGAGUCAACACUGAGUUGGAGCGUUCCUGGAGGGAUUACGACAGGUUGGAGGCGGAUGUGACUCUGGCCAAGUCCAACCUGCUGGAGCAGCUGGAGGCCCUGGGCAGCCCACAGACAGAACCUCCAAGCCAGCGGCACAUCCAGAUCCAGAAGGAGCUGUGGAGGAUCCAGGACGUGGUGGAGGCUCUGACUAAAAACAAACCACAGCGGAGCACAGACGGCGGUUUUCCUGGUUCCAAACCACUCUCCAGCAUACAGAAGAACGAGGCAGUGACGCUGCUGCCACUCAGUCCUCUCAAGGAGGGCGAGAGCGUGCCCCCCCGCCCGCCCCUCCCCCAGUACUACGACUCAUCAGAGCGCCCCCCUCACGUGCCCCCCUACCACUCACACACCAGCGGCCGCCUGCCCCUCCACACGCACCGUCCCGAAGACCGCAAGCCUGGCUCAAGGAACGGAGCGCACAGCCAAGCUCCAGACUACCGGCUGUAUAAGAGCGAGCCCGAGCUGACCACAGUAAAGGAGGAGGUGGAUGAGGCCAACGGCGAAGACAAAGACAAGACUGACACUGCUGCUGACAGUAAAGAGACCGUCUCCAAAGUGCCCCCCUACCCGGUGGGCAUCGUUCCUCCCAGAACGAAGUCUCCCAUGAGCCCUCCUGAGUCCGCCACCAUUGCCUCUUACGUCACUCUGAGGAAGACUAAGAAGCCUGAAUCCAGAUCAGAUCGUCCCAGAAGCGCAGUGGAUCAGAUAGGAUUCGGGGAGCGAGAGGUGGGCAGAACGAGGAUGAGCGUGGAGGAGCAGCUGGAGAGGAUAAGGAGAAACCAGGAGGCAUCAUCGCUCCGAGAGAAGAAGAGAGAAACCCCGUCCCGCUCGCCCUCCUUCAACAAAGAGAACCCCUUUAUUAUCGUACAGACCCGGGCCCAUGCAGAGGGAGCUUGUGCAGACCCUGUGGAGCUGGAAGCGGCACUGCAGCAGCUGAAGGUGGCUCACAUUGAGCAGAGCAGGUCGACUGCUGAGGCUGCGGGGACUCACACUGAGAGAGCACUGACUGCACUACAGGUUCAUGAGGAGGCGCAGAGAGCGGAGGAGGUGAAAAAGGACAAGUGUGAGUCAGCGCAGCAGGACAGGAGGGACGUGACCCUGCAGAAUGUGAAGGAGUCCAACAGCAUAGACGAUGAGCUGUGUGAAAGCCAGAGGGUAGUGAUUCUGGACCUGGGCACGGAGCCUCAGCGUGUAGCGCUCGUAAACCUUCAGCCCUUUGAGGAUGAUGAAAGCAGAGAGCAAGAUCUGACCAGCUCACCUACAAACACCACCACUGAAAACAGCUUCCAGACUCCUGAGCCCGAGACACCGAGCCCAGAGCCUAAGGAGGAGGAGGCGGACGUGACGCAACAAACCACCAGAGAGGAGAAGCUGGAGAAGAGCCUGGAAUCCUACAACCAGCUAACAUCAGACGACAAGAAACACAACAACAACAACAACAUGUUGGCUUCCCAGACGUUCACCUUGGUGAGCAGCGACACGUGAGCGACGCCCGGCCUCGCCAUCCAACAACGGCGUCCCGUAGAGCCCAAAUGUAGCCAGCCUGCACAGAGCAUGCUCCACGGCUUCCUGCG